CUGACCGCAAGUGCCGGUCAGCAAAGCCACGGAAGCAAACCGCCUCGGGAAUUGGGAGCACGCAACUCCAAAUGGCUUUGUUGUGUAUAUAAAUAUAUAUACAUAUGUGCGCCUAGGGGCCCCCCAUAAAAAAAAAAAACAUUUGAAAUGCAACCGGCGAAAAAUAUGCAAGGCACACUAAUACUAAAAUCAAUAUUGAAAAUCCAACCAAAAAAAAACCCAGUAUAAAGUUUUAAACGUAUAACAAAAGACACAAUAAUGGAUAUACCUGCUAGUGGAGCCAUAUUCACCCUGGGCAAAUCGCAUCUGGCGGAGAAUACCCAAAGCUAUUUCUACAUCAAGAACGAUCCUGUGAAGCGCCUGAUUUCCGGUCCCAACCAGAGCGCAGUCAUUUGUGAAUCUGGGCGGCUAUUUGUUUGGGGCGAGAACCACUACGGGCAGCUCGGGAUUGGCGGCCAUGGAGGAGCCUCCGGCAAGAAGGGAGGCGCCGCCCAGGGGGACAUUGUGACCAAGCCCACCUGCGUGAAGGCCUUGAAAACGCUGGGAUUAAAGAUUUGCGACGCCGCCUUUGGCAAUCACUGGGCCGUGAUGCUGACACAUUCGAACGAGAUCUUUUUCACCGGUCGGAACAUCUUUCCCGAUGAUACCCAUGUGGCGCAGCACUUUACCACCGCCCAAGUGGAGCAGCAGCAGUGCGCCAUUAUCCGGAAACCCUUUCGGCUGGAGGAGUUCGACGAUUACCUGUCCAAGAGCGAGGAGACGGACAACUUCAUGGCCAUCCAGGCGGGAAAUGAGCACUUUGCCGUGCUGACCGCUACUGGUCGGCUGAUUGGCUGCGGUUCGAAUGUUCAACAGCAGCUGGGCGAACUGGAGGCGGACUACGAUGGUCAUCCGGUGGAGAUUCGCCUGGACGCACCGGUGCAGCAGUUCGCCUGCGGGCCCGAGUCCACGCUGGUGCUGACCGCCAGCGGGAACCUCUUCCUCACCGGCCACCUCAACGAGUUCGUCUUUCCGCGCUUCACCGAGCUGCAGAAGAACCUGCCGCCCACGGAGGCCAUCAUCUUCAUGCACAUCUCGAAGACCAGCGAAGUGUAUAUCGUAACGAAUGCGGGCAGCAUCUACCGCAGCUUCGAGUCGGUGCGAAACAAGAGCCUGGUCUUCCAGCGCUUCUACGACUACGACAGCGAGGAGAACGGACCGAUCUGGAAGCUCCUCAAGGGCUUCUCCUUCUACGUGGUGCUCAGCAAGGCGAACAAGUUCUUCACCACUUUUUCGGAGAGCGGCCAUCAUCUGAAGACCUUCCGCGAGAUCUCCAAGUUUAAGAACCUGCGGCUGCUGGACAUCGCGGUGGGGGAUCAGCACGUCCUGGUGCAGGGUAUUCCGCGCUCCUCGAUGUCCUCAGCUUCGGUGAGUGGCCAUUUGAGCCGCAGUUUUGCGCUGCAACCGCAGGAUGCGAAUGGAAACGGCGAGCAGGUGAGCAGGAGUCACAGCGGAGGACAUAGAGGACUCACCAAACAGGAAGGCAUGGAGGAGCCAGAGGAGCGAUCCAUGGCAGCUAAUGUGGGAGGAAUGGUAGCUGCCGCAGGCGCAGGAACAGCAGCGGCCAUGGAGGCAGUGAAGCAUUUAAUCAAUGGUGAGAAACCGGAGGAGAAUGAUGAAGUCAAGGACAUAAAUGCAAAUACCGAAAAAGAACCUUUAGAAGUAAAUGGCAAUGAAGAAAACAGUUCAGCGAAGGAGGAACCGCAUCAAAUGGAAGAUCAAGAGACAAAAACUCCUAAAGAUAAAAAUCAACACAUGGAAGACCACCCAGAAAUUAAAGAUAAUCCAAAUACAGCUCCUCCAAGUGAAGCAAUGAAAAUCAAAGAGGAGUACAAAGAGAUGGAGCCCACGGCGCCUAUAGAAUCUCCAAUAAAACCUGAGGAAUCAAAAGAAUCCUCAGCAAAACCAAUGGAAUCCCCAGUGAAACCCCCUGAUUUACCAGUAAAGACCAAAGAAUCUCCCAUUAAAUCAAUGGAGUCCCCUAAAAAACCCAUGGAAUCAAUGCAGAAGCUACCCACACCACCUACACACACACCUACGCCUCCCAAAUCCCCCACAGAAUCCAUGCACUCUAUGCAAUCACUCAAUCCGGAACAUCAAAUCCCAGGCAGCCAGGAGAAGCUCCUGCGACCACGAACUCCUUACCCAGAGAGCAGUGAUUCCAGCACACCGCAAACGAUCAAGAAGACACCCAUACGAAACUUCUCCUACGAGGCGGCCAUGGAUCACGAUCAUCUGGAGAGGACCUCGCCGCUCGAAUUGGUGUCCAGCCUGGAGACGGUGGAGGAGAUGCCGCCGCCGGCCACCAUCCAAGUGAGCACGCCCACGCCGCCCACCGAGGAGGAUGAGCAGCUGGCCGUGGAGAUCACGACGACGAACGACUCGAAGGACAGCAGCAAGGUGAUCAACGAAAUACGCUUCAUCAACAACGGCGUCGAUGUGACGGCCAAGGUGGAGGAGCAGAUGCCCGAUACGCCGCUGGAGAGCUCGGUGGAGGAACUGGAGUCGGAUGGCGAGCAAAUGCUAGACAAGAUCGUAACAAAUACCGAAGAGGCAGCUAUGGAAUCCAUGGACAGCACGCGCAACUCCCUUCAGACGGCGGUGAGAAAUGCGGCAAAUGGAGCCCGCGACGCCAUGGAGGCAGCCGGCGAGCGAAUGGCCACCGGAGCUCGCGGAGCAGUGGAUGCCGUUGGCGGGGCAGUGGGCGCAGCGGGAAAAGGCGCCCAGCGAAUGGCCAGCGAUGCAAUGCACGCCGUGGAGCAGGCGGGCAGCAAUGCGGUGAAAGCGGCCGCGGACACCAAGGAUUCCAUGGGCAGGGCCAUGGACUCGGUGACCAGCAAGAUCUCCAGCGAAGUGCAGGGCGCCAAGGAGAAUAUCUCAUCGUUAUUUCAGAUAAAAGCGGCCAGGGAGUCGGAUCCGCAGACCACGCCCGUUUCCACGCCGCGCGGCGAAGAUGACUUGUCCUCGAAGGAGGGGGCACCCAAGACGACCACCACCUUGGGGUCCAACGAGGAGGAGGAUGAGCGGACAACGGCCUCGGUGAACUCCUACCACAAUUCCAAUGGCAAUGGGAAUAUCUUCGAGCCCAGCAAUCCGUUCGAGGAUCCGCUGGACGCAGUGGUGGAGCGCAGCAAGAAGGCCAUGCAGGAAGACAUCCGGGCCAUGCAAAUGAGGGCCAAUUCCCAUGUCCAGGCGGUGGCAGAGCAAAGCGAGGAGGAGGCCAAGGGAUUCAUGCAGCAGGUGAUCGACAGGCUCUCGUGCCGCAACGAAAAGGCGAUCAGGAUUGAAGAUGAAGUGCGUCCGCCGGCUGGGAUUCCCAGCAAGAACACAAACAAGGUGAACAGCGAGCUGAGCUUAACCAAUGGACAGGCACAUGGCGAGCAGCAGCAGCAGCAGGCGUCGCGGGUCUGCACGAUUUUAUAAAACUUGCACCAGCGCCAGCACUUUUCUAAGCAAUUGCAUUUGGUCUUGAAGUACAAUUUAAUGAAAAUAAAGCAAACAAAAUUGCCAUAAAAAAAAGUUCUGCUCCGGGCGGUGUGACCGUACU